AUGAUCAAUUUUACAAGGUGGACUUCUGCGGAGGAGGUUGUUGAGAUUCCGCCUGCUUUCCCUAUGUAUACCUAUUCCCUUACUCCCAUGGAACAACUGCCACCAUGUGCUGAGGAGACCACGUUCUUCACAGAUGUAAUUGGUGUAGUCACUAUGCUCUCAAAUGUUUCAUCACUACGUAUUAGGACACGCCAGAGUGAAUCGCUGAAAAGGACAGUCACUAUAUGCAAUGCAAGGGACAGUGGUGCUUCACUGGAUGUUGUGCUUUGGGGUGAGAGGGCAACUGCAUUCCCAGCUGAACAAGUCCAUAGGGAUAGAACCACCCCACAGACCGUGAUAUUUGUUGGAGCUCUUGUCAAGAGCUAUGCAGAUAACGUGUCAUUGUCUGGGGGACCAUCAUGCAAGUGGUACAUAAACUUCGAGGUCCCUGAGGCGAAGGCCCUAGCAGCAAGUGGGUCAAACAUUUACCAACCAGUCAAAUGGGAACAACAUAUGGCUUCCAGUGAGCCUGUGGCUUUCGCUCCUCCUGAGCAUAAGAAAGUGUCGGACAUCAAAUUGCUUCAUCCAUUCAAGUACAAGAAAACAGAGUGGCUGGUUACAGUGACAGUUCAGAAGAUUGACAAAUCAUGGUGGUAUAAUGCAUGCAAGAAAUGUCUCAAAACAGCAAGACCUUUUCAUGAUUCUUUUAGAUGCACUGAGCCUAAGUGUGGAACUAUUGGUGUGCCUGUCCCAAGGUACAAGCUGUGCAUAAGUGCUGGAGAUGAGACAGGUGACACUGAGUUUGUCAUCUUUGGCCGUAUCGCACAGCGUCUCACCAGAAAACCAGUUGAUACUCUCAUUGCAGAUAAUCCAACUGGAUUCAUACCAGAUGAGGUCAAUGGUCUCGUGGCUCAGCUAGAUGGUGACAAUGCUCUUUCGGUGACGCCGAUAGGGUCACAGUCAUCAUCUCUCAUGCUCUCUAGAGAUGGUGGCAGCAGCAUGCAGAAUACCCCUCAGAAAAGUUUCACCAGUACUCUCCCUUUGCCACCAGCUACCUCAGAAACUAGCCAUGCGUCCAGCAACACACCAAUCAAAAUACCUCCGCUGAUCCCAAGAGCACCAGCUACACCAGAGAGUUCCAACGCCGCUGCUAAAGAUGAGGUGUAG